UGCUCGCAGCCAGCCCAGCGCUGCCUGGCAGUGAGCAGGGAGAGAGAGAGAGAGAGACACACACACACACACAGACACACACACACCCGCACACGCACAGUCGCGCCGCGGCGACCGGCUGCUGGCAAGGGGGUCUAUGCGGCUGCCCGGCGCGGACCUCCAGAGCUGGCUGCCGGAUCGAGCCGCCUCCCCUCCCAGCCGCCCUGCCGCCCGCCACCCCCGCCCCGCGAUCGCUCACCCCUGGAGCCCCGGCGGCGGGUCCGUCCGGCCAUGGGCAGCAGAUGGAGCGUGCUGAGAGCCCGCGGCGGGCUGGGGUGCUGAGUGCCCCCGAGGCACCCUGAGUGGGUGCAGCAGCGCGGAGCAGCCUCCAGCUGGGAACACCCCCCACCCCCCGCGACCCCCGCUCGGGUCCCGUCCCGUCCUCACUGCGGUCCUCCUUCCUGCCAAGGGAUGGCUUUAUGGCAGCAACUCGGAGCCGGUGCCCGCGUGGGCACGGGGCUGUGGCAUGUCCUGCUGGCUGGCACGAUCCUCACUAGCCAUCUUCAUCCCAGCGGUGCCCAGCAGAGUGCCACCGUGCCCAUCCCUGUGCCUGGCUCCACCUCAGACCUGCUCCCGCACUUCCUGCUGGAACCAGAGGAUGUUUACAUUGUCAAGAACAAGCCAGUGACGCUGGCCUGCAAGGCCACACCUGCCACCCAGAUCUACUUCAAGUGCAAUGGCGAGUGGGUGCACCAGGGUGACCACAUCAUCCAGCGCAGCAUGGACAAAGGCACCGGCCUGCCCCUCAUGGAGGUACGGAUCGACAUCUCACGGCAGCAGGUGGAGAAGAUCUUUGGCCUGGAGGAGUACUGGUGCCAGUGUGUGGCCUGGAGCUCUUCUGGCACCACCAAGAGCCAGAAGGCCUAUGUGCGCAUUGCUUAUCUGCGGAAGAACUUUGAGCAGGAGCCAGUGGCCAAGGAGGUCUCUAUUGAGCAGGGCCUUGUGCUGCCCUGCCGCCCUCCGGAAGGGAUCCCACCAGCUGAAGUCGAGUGGCUGCGCAAUGAAGAGCUCCUGGACCCCACGCUGGACCCGAACUUCUACAUCACCCUGGAGCACAGCCUGGUGGUGAAGCAGGCCCGCCUGGCUGACACCGGCAACUACACCUGUGUGGCCAAGAACAUUGUGGCCCGGCGACGCAGCUCUUCUGCCGCAGUCACCGUCUACGUGAAUGGCGGCUGGUCGACGUGGACGGACUGGUCAGCCUGCAGCACCAGCUGUGGACGGGGCUGGCAGAAGCGGAGCCGGAGCUGCACCAACCCAACGCCACUCAACGGCGGGGCCUUCUGUGAGGGCCAGAAUGUGCAGAAAAGUUCCUGCGCCACCCUGUGCCCAGUACCUGGUGGCUGGUCAGCCUGGAGCAUGUGGUCUGUGUGCGGCGUUGACUGUACACACUGGCGUAGCCGCGAGUGCUCGGAUCCAGCGCCCCGGAAUGGCGGGGACGAGUGUCAGGGGCCUGAACUGGAGACCCACAACUGCACCAGUGAGCUGUGUACGCAUGGAACUGGUGGCUCUGAGGAUGUGGCUCUGUAUGUAGGCCUGAUUGCUGUGGCUGUCUGCCUGGUACUGCUGCUCCUGGUGGUCACACUGGUGUACUGCCGCAAGAAGGAAGGACUGGAUUCUGAUGUGGCUGACUCUUCUAUCCUCACUGCUGGCUUCCAGCCGGUCAGCAUCAAGCCAACCAAAGCAGAUAAUUCCCACUUACUCACCAUCCAGCCUGAUCUGAGCACCACUACCAUGACCUACCAGGGCUCGCUGUGCCCACGCCAGGAUGGACCCAGCAAGUUCCAGAUUGGCAAUGGGCACCUGCUAAGCCCCCUGGGCAGUGGACGCCACACCCUCCAUCACAGUUCCCCCAGCACGGAUCCGAUGGACUUUGUCUCACGGUUCUCCACCCAGAGUUUCUUCCGCUCCUUACCCAGAAGUGGUGCCAACAUGGCGUAUGGAACCUUCAACUUCCUGGGUGGACGACUAAUGAUACCAAACACAGGUGUCAGCUUGCUUAUCCCACCGGAUGCCAUCCCACGGGGGAAAAUCUAUGAAAUCUACCUGACACUUCACAAGCAAGAGGAUGUGAGGCUGCCCCUGGCUGGCUGCCAGACUCUGCUGAGCCCCAUUGUCAGCUGUGGCCCUCCAGGAGUGCUGCUCACCCGACCUGUCAUCCUCGCCAUGGACCACUGUGUGGAGCCAAACCCCGAGACCUGGAGUCUGCGCCUCAAGAAGCAGUCGUGUGAGGGCACGUGGGAGGAUGUGCUGCACUUGGGGGAGCCGGCGCCCUCCGAACUCUACCACUGCCAGCUGGAACCCCAGACCUGCUACAUCUUCACCGAGCAACUGGGCCGCUUUGCGUUGGUCGGGGAGUCCCUCAGCAUGGCCGCCUCAAAGCGUCUCAAACUGGUCCUCUUUGCACCCACUACUUGCACAGGGCUGGAAUAUGAUGUCCGUGUGUAUUGCCUCAGUGACACCCGUGAUGCACUCAAGGAAGUGGUACAAAUAGAGAAGCAGAUGGGGGGUCAGCUGAUCGGUGCACCACGGAUCCUGCACUUCAAGGACAGUUACCACAACCUGCGCCUCUCCAUCCAUGAUGUGCCCAGCUCACUGUGGAAGAGCAAGCUCCUUGUCAGCUAUCAGGAGAUUCCCUUCUAUCACCUUUGGAGUGGGCUGCAGCCCUACCUGCACUGCACCUUCACACUGGAGCGACUCAGCACCAGCACGUGCCAGCUGGCUUGCAAAAUCUGGAUCUGGCAAGUGGAGGGUGAUGGGCAGAGUUUCAAUAUCGACUUCAACAUUGCCAAGGAUGCACGGUUCUCGGACUGGUUGCCCCCAGACAAUGAGGCUGGCUCCCCUGCCCUGGUGGGCCCCAGUGCCUUUAAGAUCCCCUUCCUCAUCCGCCAGAAGAUCAUAAGCAGCCUGGAUGUGCCAGGGUCCCGUGGGGCUGACUGGAGAGCAUUAGCCCAGAAGCUGCACCUCGACAGCCAUCUCAGCUUCUUCGCGUCAAAGCCCAGCCCAACGGCCAUGAUCUUGAACUUAUGGGAAGCACGUCACUUCCCCAAUGGGAACCUCAACCAGCUUGCUGCUGCUGUGGCUGAGGUGGGCAAGCAGGACAGCUCCCUCUUCAUGGUUUCAGAGGCUGAGUGCUAAGGCACUCGGUGGGGGCAGCACAGGCCUUCACUGGGGGAUGACGGGGGCAUCUCCAUUUGAAGAGGGCAGUGCUCCUGCACUUGUCCUGCUUUGAAUAUGCCUGUGUGUCCCUGUCCGAGGCUUGUUGGCCUCAUGCCCCCUCUUCCUUGUGCCAAAUACAGCCAGAAGGCAAGCAUCCUGGCCUCAGUCUCCAGUAGCUGUGGGAAAGGCUACUGAAUGUCUGCUGUGCUGCUACCAAGAAAGCUCUGGGACUGUCUGCGGGAGGCCCUGUUCCUUCUCCUGGAGUAGGCUGGCAAUGGAUUCUGAGAUGCUAUGAUCUGCACUUGGUCAUGUGCCCAGAGCCCUUUCCUUCCCUCCUAUGGGAGGAGGUGUGGGGGUUGUGGGGAGGUGGAGAGUUGGCUGGCCUAACACCCAUUGUGUACCCAGGAUGCACAGGUAAGCUUGGUCCUGGAGCUGAGAUGUCCAUGCCCUCUCACUGCAGCCCCCAGGAAGUCCCAUGCUGUAGUAAAGUGGGGGGCAAGGGGGUGUGGGUCAGGAGUAUGUAGAGAGCCAUCUCUAUAUACUCCAACUCAAGAGAUACCCAAGACUCAGUCAUAGAGGGCAGUCCUGGGAAAGGUGGUUUGCAGACACUGGGGGCCACAAAAGGACCAUGGAGGGGCAGGAGAUGCAGGCAAAUAGCAGCCCAGGGAGGAGGGCAGUGAUAAACUGGGUGGCUUGAUCUGUGCCUCCUUAGUCCUUGCCCAGUGUAUAUGCAAAGGGAAUUGUGCGUGUGCGUGGCAGUCCAAUCUGUGCAGUGAACGUGUGCUGGGCCAGGCAGGUCCAUGCCGUAUUGUGUAAAGAUCGUUUUUUAUUCUGUAUUCAAGUGCAUUCAAGUAUUUACACUUGGCCUUAUGUACAUAUAAGCGUCCCGCACAGGGUUUUAGCGGGCAUGAAUGUAAAUAAAUUAUAUAUAUAUAUUGCUA